CAAGGGGCUGCAGAAGAAUCGGUGGCACUCUUUUGAUAAUAAAUAAAUAAAAAAGAGAAUUGGUGGUAGUCUCGCUUGGUCGUCUCCCUCUAGACACAGUCCAAUAGGGGGCCAGCGGCUAAAGAAGUAAAAUAGUACGUCUUCAAAAUGCACUUGAGCGAGAAUGAAGGUAUAGAAGACAACACCUUCGUGGUAACCGGUGGGCUGGGCUUCGUCGGCUCCGCACUCUGUCUGGAGCUGGUCCGUAGAGGUGCUCGCCAGGUCCGAGCCUUUGACCUUCGUCUCACUUCUUCUUGGUCUCACAAACUCACUACCCAUGGAGUUCACUGCAUUCAAGGGGAUCUCACCCGCAAAAAAGAUGUUGAAAAAGCAUUACGAGGUGCGGAUUGUGUCUUCAAUCUUGCUUCAUUUGGUAUGUCAGGGAAAGAAAUGCUACAGUUUGGCCGUGUAGAUGAGGUGAAUAUAAAUGGAACCUGCCACAUUCUGGAAGCAUGCAUUGAGUUUGGGAUCAGAAGGCUUGUUUAUGUGAGCACAUAUAAUGUUGUCUUUGGGGGAAAGGAGAUUGUGAAUGGCAAUGAAACCUUGCCUUACUUCCCAAUUGAUGACCAUGUUGAUCCAUAUGGGCGUAGCAAAUCAAUUGCUGAACAGUUGGUUCUGAAGUACAAUGGUCGUCCUCUGAAGAAGAAUAACGGAAAAUGUCUGUAUACAUGUGCGAUUCGUCCAGCUGCUAUAUAUGGGCCAGGUGAAGAAAGACACUUUCCAAGGAUCAUAUCCUUUGCAAAGUUGGGUCUGCUGCCUUUCAGAAUUGGUGAUGCAAAUGUGAAGACUGACUGGGUUUAUGUAGAUAACCUUGUGCUUGCACUGGUAUUGGCAAGCAUGGGACUCUUGGAUGACAUUCCCAUGAACGGGGGACAUCCAGUAGCUGCUGGACAGCCAUACUUUAUAUCUGACGGAUCUCCAAUCAACAGUUUUGAAUUCCUCCAACCUCUUCUCAGAAGUCUAGAUUAUGAUCUGCCAAAGGCUUCUUUAGGUGUUCCCCAUGCUCUCCUUCUAGGAAAGAUUUUCCAGGGUAUCUAUACUCUCUUAUAUCCCUGGUUGAAUAGAUGGUGGCUUCCUCAUCCAUUUAUCCUUCCAGCUGAAGUAUACAAGGUUGGUGUGACACAUUAUUUCUCUUUCCUGAAAGCUAAGGAGGAGCUUGGCUAUGCUCCAAUAGUGACUCCUCGGGAGGGCAUGGCUGCAACCAUCUCAUACUGGCAGGACAGAAAAAGGAACUCUUUGGAUGGUCCUACCAUAUAUGCAUGGCUAUUUUGUAUAAUUGGAAUGGCUACAUUGUUCUGUGCUGCCUGCUUACCAGAUAUAGGACCAGUGCCACUUUUCAAAGCUAUCAGUCUCUUCGUCUUCAGGUCGAUGCGGAUGACAAGGACAGUAUUUCUUCUAGCUACAGCAGCACAUAUUGGUGAGGCCAUGUAUGCUUGGCGUCUAGCGAAACGGGUGGAUCCUGUUAAUGCAAGAGGAUGGUUUUGGCAGACCUUUGCCCUUGGGAUAUUUUCAUUGCGUUUUCUCUUGAAAAGAGCAAAGAAAUAAGCAAUGUAACAGAGCAAGCUACUUUUCUUACUUAAAAAAUAAUAGAGAUUGCAUGUAAGAAUUGUUCUUUUUCCGAGUUUAGAUAAUGCUAUACAAUUGUGACAA